AUGUCUGAGCGAAGACGUAUCAACGGCCCUGCAGGCACAACAUAUCCUGCAGUGUUCGUAAAUCCCAAUCAAUCUGGCAAAUCACAGCCCAAACGGUCGAGGAAGCCGAAUGAACUACGAAAGAUUUUCUUGCAGGUUGGAGUCAUACCUUCUGCCAGCGGCUCAGCCUACCUCGAACUCGAAAGUCAACCUAACAAAACGACCUUUGUAUCCGCAUCUUCUACCAUCAAAUUGUCAUGCUCUGUACAGGGACCGAAACCCCUACCACGAACCGCUUCUUUCUCACCAAACCUUCAGAUGACGGCAUCGGUCAAGUUUGCGCCAUUCGCGACACGAAACCGACUAGGGUACAUCCGUGAUUCCACGGAGAAAGAUCUCGGGUUGCACUUGGAGAACGCUUUGAAAGGCGCAAUCAUACCCGACAGAUGGCCAAAGAGCGCGAUUGACGUCGCUGUAACGGUACUUGAAGGGGAAGAUGAUCAAGAGACGGGAGAUCGCAUCGCCGGAUUAGGCUUGUUCAACAUGCUGGCUGGAUGUAUCAACGUUGCUAUGGCCGCUAUUGCCGACGCACGUCUGGAUUGUCUGGAUCUUCUGGCUGCUGGAGUUGGCGCUAUUAUUCUUGGACCUGAUAUGAAGCCUGUCAGAGUCUUGGACCCUGCAGCCAUUGAACAUCCGGAAAUGCUGUCGAGCUGUCUUGUGGGCUAUCUACCGUCACGCGAUGAAAUUGUUGAGCUUUGGUGUAAUGAUUCCGGUUCGACACAAGCGGGUGACAAUGACUUGGGCUACGAAGAGCUCGUCGACAGCGCUGUGGCGGCUGCUCGCGGAGCACAAACAGUGUUGAAAGAGGUGCUGUUGGAAUCUUUGACGCAAAACCACGCCCCAAGCAAGAAGCUCACCAAUAAAAGCACGAGGGACGUCGAAAUGAUUGGAUGA